AUGAAGCUGGACGACAAAAAACUUAUCAGGGCGAUUGUUCGCCGAGUGCAUCCCGACUUGUUCUCGGCACAUCCGUACGAGCGGGCGCAGAACUCGGACACUACUGACUCUUCUGUUUUGCAGUUACUGAACAGCUACGUCGAUGAGCUGCAGCGGCGUGGCAAGGUUCAGACGGCCGCAGUGAAGUUUUGGGUCAUAGAGGACGGCCGCCUGACGCAAAUCAGCGCGGAGCUACCCAGCUACGGCUCCCUUGGGCCCCUCUUCUUUGCGUUCAAUCUCAUUUCUGCAGACGAGAUGCAGUCUGGCGCCGGCUCCUACAUCAGCAGUCAGGACAGCACAGGCUUUCUGGAAUGGCUCAGUUUCACAGUGAAGGAGGCACUGCGGGCCUCAGAGCAGCACGAGUCCAUGAAGAGGGUAUUCCGCGAGCUCAGAGCCUCCCUGGAGGACAAAUUUGCCCUGGCAGCCAUCCAGGUAUGUGCUCAUGGCUCUCACUAUGGUGCUAACACCAGAUCCAGGCAACAUGCAUCUGCUGCACACCUCCCUUGCACGGAGUAG